AUGGAGGUCUAUACUAAGUGGGUCGAGGCGAUAGCCCUGUCAACGGCAACCGGGCAAUCGAGUCCGCGCGUUUCUCCAAAGGUUCACCGUAAAUCAACGCCCUACUAUCCAAAAGGCAAUGGACAAGCAGAGGCCACCAAUAAGACACUGAUUCGAAUCCUGAGUCGAACACUGAAGGAGCAGCAUGACAAGUGGGUCGAGCAGCUGCCACUCGCACUUUGGGCAUACCGUACCACAAGAAGAGGAGCUACUGGUGCAACGCCUUUCUCCCUGGUGUAUGGAACAGAAGCGGUGCUCCCGGUUGAAAUAGCAGUUCCUUCUGGAAGUCUAGCUGAACGGAGCAAGCUGCAGUUCGACCACCGGAUCGGGGAGCUCGAGGGGCUUCAGGAGCAGAGGAAGUAG